GGGGGCAGGCUUUUGCUGGGGAGGGGCAGAACCUCAGUUAAUUUAGUACUGUACUUUCAGUGCUUUUCAAUAAUUUUUGUGGAUGGGAGGUGGGGCAGCUACGCCCUAUGUAUGUUUAUCAGGGAGUAAGAGCCCGUUGGGUUCAAGGGGCUCUUACUCCCAAGAUACUCCCUUGCAUCUGACAGCGGCCUUAACGAGGUAAGAAAUACAUGCAGGCAGUGAGGUGUCAGGAGUUUUGCGUGUUACUUUUUACGCGCUGCUUUGGACGAAGAAUAAUGAAUAAUGGCAAAAGCAACGAUACUAUUCUGGCGGCCCCGUUGCUGCUGGUGCAGCUGAGAAGCGACUACCGGCUCCCGACCACCCGCCGCCUCGCACCGACCAAUUUCCCCAAGGGUUGCAAGCCGAGCCCCACCCGCCUCCGUCCACCUCCCCAACAAAGUUAAAUCCGAGCUCCCCCACAUUAUGGUCGUGGGGAGCAAAAGCACUAAUUGCUCGCGGCCCCUUUAAGGCAGGAGGCAGCCGGAAGUGCUGGCGGCCGAGUCGUGGAGACUCCUGCGCAUGCUCGCUCCUUCCUUCUACUCACCCUCCCCCCCCCCACUGCUUAACAGCCCCGGACUCGGCCGCUCGGAGACGGUAAGGGGGGGAGGGAGCAGAGGGCGACGUUGCUGCCGCCACCGCCGCGCUACGGGAGCCGGGAGGGACCAGGACGGGACGCAGAGUGCGUAGGGACGAGGGAGGGGGGCUGCGCCUAGAGUUGCGCACGGCCACCGCCGCCGUACGUGCCGCCGCCGGGAGAGCGGACGUCGCCGCGCCACUGCGGGAGGAGGGGAGGGGGGAAGGAGGGAGAGAGGGAGGGAGGGGGAAGGAGGAGGAGGCUGCUGGCGCGUCGUCCGCUGGCCUGGAGCGAGAGGGAGGUGGUGGUAGUGGGCGUGGCCGCGGAGAGGCCACACCUCUCCUCCGGGGAUCCCCGCCCACUUUCUUUCCCCAUCUUGAGGGCCUGUGAGGGGGCUUCGAGGGCAGGGAAAAUGGGCGCGGAGCGGAAGCCGCGCUCUAGGGUUUCCCUCAGGCACUUUUGGGGCAGGGGUUUUUAAAAUAGUAGUAAUAAUAAUGACGACGACGACGAUAAUACUGAGCUGAGAUGCUCUGGUCAGAGGCGAAGUGACCAAUGGUGGGAAAAGGAUUACUUCAGCUGCUGAAAUUGCCACCUUUUUCUUAAAAAAAUAAAAUUUAAAAAAUUGCUUUCCUGAACUGGACAGCAGUGCCUUUUAGCAGAAUCAAGAUAUUAUUGAUAUAGCUGCACGUUUGUUUGUUUGUUUAUUUAUUUUGAGGGAGAAGCUUCAUGUCCUGAGGCUCUUAAUAAAGAACUAAUGUGUCCCUCAAGAAACUGAAACCCCCUAAAAAGGUGAGGAACGCCAGACAUGGAUAGAAUUACGUGUUUAAGUAAAAACAUUAUAAAGCCCCUCAAAGUUAAUAGAAUAAAGUUCUGGGAAAGCCUUCUAGCGCUGGGUUUAUUAUUGAUUGAUUUAUUUCAGUUAUAGCAAGGAGCAGCAUAAAACAACUGUCCUUCCAAGUACAUAAUGGAAAUACCUCUGCAAAUGCAUAAAACAGUACAGUGGUACCUCGGGUUACAUACGCUUCAGGUUGCAUACGCUUCAGGUUACAGACUCCGCGAACCCAGAAAUAGUGCUUCAGGUUAAGAACUUUGCUUCAGGAUGAGAACAGAAAUCGUGCUCCGGUGGCGCAGCGGCAGCAGGAGGCCCCGUUAGCUAAAGUGGUGCUUCAGGUUAAGAACAGUUUCAGGUUAAGAACAGAACUCCGUAACGAAUUAAGUACUUAACCCAAGGUACAGUGGUGCCCCGCAAGACGAAUGCCUCGCAAGACGGAAAAACCGCUAGACGAAAGGGUUUUCCGUUUUGAAGUUGCUUCGCAGGACGAAUUCCCCUAUGGGCUUGCUUCGCAAGACGAAAAUACCUUGCGAGUCUUGAGGUUUUUUUCGCUUCCCCCUUUAUCUAAUCUGCUAAGCCUUUAAUAGCCUUUAAUAGCCUUUUAGCAGCUAAUCCCCUAAGCCUUUAAGCCUUUAAUAGCCGCUAAACCGCUAAUAGCGCUAAUAGCGCUAAUCCGUCAAUGGGCUUGCUCGCAAGACGAAAAAACCGCUAGACGAAGACUCUCGCGGAACGGAUUAAUUUCGUCUUGCGAGGCACCACUGUACCACUGUAUAUGAAACAAUCCCACAGAAUGUUGUGGCGGCCCCUAACUUAACUUCAAAACAUGGGGCUUGGGUAGUUUGUGUUCAAGAGGAAAUCUAUGAGUUCAAACGGCAUCCUUGGACGAGUCUCCCCUUGCUUUAGGUCCUAUUCCUUAAAUAGUUCUGAUGUAAUAAGAUCUGCAGGGUGGGUGUGUAGGCAAGAAAUGGCUUUCAUUUGUAAAAGAUAAAUAAUGAUUAAAGGGUAGCUGUGAUUCCUGGAUUAGAUAUCAAUAAAAACCAUAAAAUGCUCAGUUUUAUUUUUUUUAAUGCCAAUGACGUAGCGAUGCCAAUGGGUGCGAAAUUAUGCCUCUGAUGACCCCAGUGUAGACUGCAGUUCUGGUGAAUGUGCAAUUUAUCUUGAAGAUAUAUGCCAGCUGGAAUCCCAAUACUUUAAAAGCCUGUUUCCUGGUACCCAGAGUGUUUGUCUCAUCAUUUCAUUAUGGCUUCAAUUUAUGGGCUAUAUGAUUAUGGAAAAUUGGUGGUGGAAGAAAGCAGGGUUUUUUUCACCUGAAGAAGAGAGGAUUGUGAAAGAGCAAACAUUAACUGUUAACUGCUUGAAGGAGAUGGGAAGGAUAAAGGCAGAAAUAUGAUUUCAUGGACUAUCUCAACAGUGAAAGCACACCCUUUACCCAUAAUAAUAAGCAGCUAGGCAUUCUGAAUUGUCAAACAUAGUCAGUGCCUAUGAGACUACUUAUCAUUAUUAAUUCGAAUCAACCUGAAACUGAAGCUGUGGUCUGCUGUAUAAUUACCUGGAUGUAAACACUAUUCAGUAGGACUUCUGAGUCUAGGAAGGCUGCAAGUAUUGUGAUCACUUCAAAUCAGUGAACUUUUCUUUUCAGUAAAUAUGCAUAGUACCUUUAAUAAUUUGUUUACUGAACUUGGUUGUCAACAAUUAACUUCCAGAUCUACUCCUUCAUCCCUGUAUCUUAACAGACAAAAGUGCCUAAUCUGUGGACUUCAUUUCUACAAGAUGGGGUGACCACCACUAGCUCAGAUCAUUUUAAAAUUCAUUGAGGAUGGGUUUAUCAACAGCUAUGAGGCAUGAUGGCUAUCUGCAACUUUCGGCUCAAUGGUAGUAUGUCUCCAAGUUAAAAAGUAUGUUGAUAGGGAAGCCCAACAGUAGAUGCCUGCUGGCUCAUAUCCCGUUUGUGGACUUUCCAGAGGUAUCUGACGUGGAAAUAAGAUAACUGACCAAAUGGACAGUUUGGCAGACCCCUGAGGGCUAUUCCUAUGAUCAUAACGCCAAAAAAACAAAAAGAAAGAAAAAGCUUUGAUUUCUGUGUCUUACCAAGCCAAAUGAAUAAUGGAACAGAUACUCUUCUAUCAAUAAGAGCCACAUACUACAAAAAUGUAAUAGGGAGGAACCAUAGCUCAGUGUUAGAACUUUGAAAGUAGAAGGUUCCAGGUUUGGGGCCCUGUCACUCCGUUGAAAAUAGCUGGUAGCUGGUGAGGUGGGAUGGGGAAGGACCCUCUAGCUGGGACCCUGAAUAACCACUGCCAGUCAGAGCAAACACUGUUGAGUUAGAUGGACAGCUUUUUAAGAAUAUAUAUACACUGUACUUUUAAAGCACAUUCAAAACCCAUUUUCUGCCUCAAAGAAUUUUGGGCACUGUAGUUUGUUAAUGGUUGCAGGGAAUUUGUUCCUUUGAGGAUUAAACUACAGUGGCCAUAAUUAUUUUAUGGGGGAAAUGUGCUUUGAAUGUGCUGUCAGUGUAUAUGGUAUGUACUCUGCCUGUGAUAAUAAACCAAGCUACACAACUCUUUAUAGUUAUCAGGGACAGUCCCUAUUUUUUGUUACCGGUCUCUGUAAAAAAUACUGUGUUUGUGUUUUGUAGAUGCCUUCUUCAACACUAUGCUCAUAGUGUUGUCUUCUUCAGGGUCUUUAGAACUGUGUGGGGCAAUCCUAUAAGUGUCCACUCAGAAAUAAGUCCCACUGAUUUCUGUGAAACUUCCUCUAAAGUGCAUGAAAACUAAGGCAACAUGUUGAACAAAGCCUGCCAUUUUACACAAGAUAGGCGCUGAAGUACAUUUUGCAUUGCAAUGUUAAUAUUGUCAGACAACUGCAUUUUGUAAUAUGAACCAUUUGCGGGGGGGAGCCAUGUUGGCUUUUAAAUGGAUGGAGGGUAUGCUAUUUAUUGAAAAUGAAGUUAACGGAGCAUAGUUUUUAGCAACAUGGAAUGGCGGUGGUGGGCUUCUGCCCAGACAGCCUGCAUCUCCUGUCUUCCCUAGCCUGACUCAUGAUCACUAUAGCAGUAGCCUUUUAACAUUUCAAACCUGGUACCUACCUACCUUUCAGCCAAACAUGCAUUUUAGGGAGCAAGCAUUUCUUUAUUUUGACUAUUUAGCUGUACCAUAGCAGAGUUGCUAUGCAGCCUGUGACCUGGUAGUGGUCCUGACCCACUAGCUGAAGACCAAUGCAGCAGUAUUAUUAACAUUAUUAUUUUAAUAUUUAAUGCUCAUUUUUCAGUUUAAGGUUCCAGGGCAGGUUAAGCACAACACAAGUAAUGCAACUUAAAACCAAAUAAAAAUCACAGAUGUACACAAAAAUCAAACAUUUUGGGGCUUCAAUUUUGGACACUGAUGUUCGCUUCGGCUGAACCCUUUCAGGUGAUUCAGAGAGGGGACAGAGAGAAAGCACAGGCAUAUAUAAUCUCUUGAAUCUUGAACCGCUCAAUGGAGUGUCUGUGUUCCCUAUGCUCUCAUUGCCCCAUAAUAUAAUUUUGAAGACCUCUGUGGGAGGAAUCGUAGGAGUGUUACUUUCUGUCUUUACUCUAUGGCACGUGGUAUGGCUCACAGCUUGCUCGGACUGUUGCUUAAUUAAAUAAAUCUGAUAGAGAAAUCCUAUGCAUGUGUACUCAGAAGUGAUUCAUGUUGAGUUUAAAGGACUUUACUCCAAAAAAAUUGUAUGUAGGAUUGCAGCCCUUAAUCAAUGAACUGGUUGAAUAAAUUUGCUAGUUCUGCAGCAAGAUAAAAAUUUGGUCCUUCCAGAAGAGGAUAGGACUCCUGCAUCUUUUAUAGCUGUCUUGCAAGCUACACCAGCUGAAAUUCAUUCUACACAGCUGGCAAAAGUGCAGGCGCCCUGUCUUCUUUUGCAUCUGACCAUAUUCACCAGUUUGAGAGAAAGGGGCAUGUCUCUGAAUAAGGUGAUGAAUGCUCUCUGCAGUUUUUAGAUUUACUUGUAUUAGAAAAUAUAUAUAAAAGAAAAAGAAAAAAACUUUGGGCAAGCCAGUGCAGCCAGUAAAGCCUUGGCACUUUUCCCUUCCCAGGACUUCAGUGACCUAAAGAUUAACUGAGCAACUCAAAUUUGAUUUUUAUGAGCUGUUGCUACAAGUGGUAGUGCAUGUGGUCACUUGUGACAUGUUAUGGUUGUGCUAGAAAAAAUCUCUUUCAUUAUUUGGUCAGAGAUGAUAACUUGUUUGUCCUUGCAAAAAACAACAACAACCAAAGUCACCUUCUUAUUUCUUGCUGCAGCACACUUGUCUUCCAUUCUCUUGGACUUCAUGUGGGCAAAUGGCAAAUGCUGAAGUAAGCAUCCCUGUAGGGGACGUUGUCGUUGUGCCAACUGAAGGAAAUGAAGGGGGAAACCCAGAAGAUACCAAAACUCAGGUGAUAUUACAACUGCAGCCAGUGCCACAAGGGUAAGUUGGCAAGUCAUCAGCUAGGCGUGUUUCUGUGAUUCUGUGUAAAAUUCAGUCUUGGGUGAAGCAUUUAGAAUUGUUGGGAUGUAAGUCUACAGGGUAGACAUAAAGGAAGGCAGUUGUGUGCAAGAGAGAAUUUCAACUAAAUUUUCUAGAUCUCAUGCCUCCAAAAUAGUUCUGAAAAUGCGAGGGCAAUACCAGUAUGUUGUAAGGAUGCAAUUUUGAGCUUUCAUUUCACAGCUGGAUAGGGGACAUGUAUUUGCAGCCCCUCCCCCAGUCUAUGAUUUAGGGUCUGAGGUUGGGAAGAGGAAGUUAGUUUAUAAACUAAUUCCAUUUUACUUGACUUGCCGAGAAAGGCCUCGGGUGGUGAUCUCAGCAUUUGAGCAAGUUUUCCUUCAGAUUCUCUGGUUUCAAGCUAUGCAAAGCUCUAAAAUCAUUUCUGUGCUUUACAUAAUGCACUUACCAGUGGGUACUUUCACAGCAGGGUAUAUCAAGAGAGCUCUGAGACCAGUACGGCUGUAGUGGCCGUGGAAACGCACACCAUACACAAGCUUGAAGAAGGCAUUGGUAAGUUUCCUCUGUGGUGAUAUGAUGUAUUGACACCAUUUCAACAGAGUUGUCAUGGAGCAUAAUUUGCAGCUUUUGUGUACCAAGGUUCUCCUACUCCCAUGGUUGGGUGGAUAUGAAGGUAGGGCCCCAAGAGUAGAAUUAAGAGUGCUAUGUUGUCCAAAACCAGUUCAAGCAAGGUCUUAUACAAGGCGUGAUGGUUAAUGUAGGCAGAGACUCCAUUCAGAUAUAAUGAUAAGUCAUGGUUAUCCAUGAUCAUCCAUUACCCCUUUGCAUGUAAGGUGAGGAGGGUAGCCUUUACUUCUAGUUAGCAUCAAACCAUAGCUCGAUGUUUUCUUUGAGGGCAGCACACUCCAGUUUGUGUGACCAUAGCUUGGUGCAUUUGGUUAAGUGAGCCAAACACUUGCCUCUCCCUUUAAGGAAGGGGCUGUAGCUCAGUGGUAGGGCAUGUACUUUGUGUGCGGAAGGUCUCGGAUUCAAUCUGUACAUCUCCAGGUAAAAGGAUAUCUGGUAAGCAAGCUGGGGGAAAUGUCUGCUUGAGAUCUUGGAGUGUUGUUGCUGCUCACUGAUGAAGCAGUAGUCUGACUUGAUACAAGGCAGCAGCAUAUAUUUAUAUAAAUGGCAUGUGCUUUCCAGAAGAAUGGUCUCUUAUUUUCCCCUGCUUCUACCAACAGACCCCAGCACCAUCGAAACAAAUGAAGAAAUUGAGAUUGCCUACCCCAUCACCUGUGGAGAGAGCAAAGCCAUUCUGCUGUGGAAGAAAUUUGUUUGCCCAGGAAUCAAUGUCAAAUGUGUCAAGGUAACAGCACAGUAAAGCUGUCCUUGCCAGCUCCCCACCCCGUUUCUGUUGCUUGUUUUUUGACAUAACUGUUCUCAUUUAUUUAUUAUUUUCUAGUUUCACUGGAAUUUCCAUAGGAGUAUUAUUUCAAGUACAUGCAGGUCCCACUUUCCAAAUGCUCAUUAUACAGAAUUAUCUGAAUAUCAGGAAUUAGUAUCCAAACCGCACUAUACACACUGCAGAUUCAGAUAUCCAAAUAGCUGGACCUAUGUGUAGUACUGUAAGCAAAUAAGCAGCCUUAAGCAAGCUUUAUUUUUGUGUGUGUUUUGCUGGUGUGUGACAGCUGUUUCAACAGAAACCAUGAGGGAGGGGAGGGGGAGAGAUUGGAUAAAUAAGAAAGCAUUUUGUUUCCUUCCUUGUUUGCCUUUUGUAAUGUUUUGGCGGGUUUUUACAGUUUUCUCCCCAUAGAUUAGGGUCAAAAUUCUGUGGUCGGGAACACAUUAGAAAUUUCCCCAUUGGAAUAAAUGAAAAUCGCCAACUCGUUAUGUGGACAUCCACCUAACAUACUGUGUUUGGAUAGUGGGACCUGUGUGUGUGCACAUUUCCUAGUGUUAGCUCUAUCAGUUCAGGAGGCAGAAUCUUGCUUGUAGGCUUUCUGGAGGCCACUAUAGAAAAAGGAUGCUGGACUAGGUGGAUUUCUAAUCUGACUCAGCAGGAUUCUUCUUAUGGAACUCCCACUUGGGGCACAUGUAAGGGGGUUUGGGAGGUUUGAACCAUCUUAUUCAUUAGCCUCUCUUUUGCCUCCAACCUGUUUACACUGGGCAGUUGGCUUCAGCCAGUAAUUGUAUGCCCCAGCUUAUAGGGAACUGGCAGGGGCCAUCUUGCAGCAGUGUUGGGAAAAGAGAAUAUGGAAUCCUGAAGGUGCUGCAUUGGUCACCACUAUCCAUACAUUUUGUGAUAAAGCCUUGAAAGACAAAUGUGAAAAGUCUGGCAUGUAAGUCUCGAUGGAGGUAAUGGUAAAAGGGGCCCAGUUUCUAACCCAACAUUAGAGAAAGCACAUCACACCAACUAGUCAAUGGUGGGAAGUAGAUUAAGGUGUGUGAAUAGCUGAGCUGACCCACUUAGCAUGCCUGCCACAUCUGCUGAUUCUAUGGUACGCCACAGGGCUGACCAGUGGGAACCAGAACACUCAGUCCAAUUAAUCCAGCGAUGGACCCAGUUGCGAUUCCAGUGAGACUUGAGAUUGCUUCAGUUUGCUGAUUCUUCUUUUCCGUUUCCUGUAAGCCAGCCCUGCAGCUUAUCAGGGCAGUGGCAUAAUUGGAUCCUGAAGCAAGAUUGGAUCCUGAAGCAAUGGCAGGAGGUGCAUAUGGAAAUGACUUGGCAGGGGAGGCCUCACAACUUCUCUAUAACCACACACUUGAGGCAGAAUAGGAAUGCAGGGUAUCUUGACCUCAGUCUUGAAGUAGGAGAUGCCGUAUUUUGACUCGAGUGUUGGGGCUCACAAGUGAGUUGUGCCCUGGCCUAAGGCAAUUCAUAGUAGUGUCAUUGCCACUGUAUUCGUUUCUUGUUGCCUGGCAUGUUUUGCUUUGUUUCUGAAGGCAAAUAAAAACAGAGAUGAUCAGGUGGAAAGAAUGACAGAGCACAAGAGCCCCGCGGGACCAGACCUAAGCCCUGUCUAGCUCAGCAUCCUGUUUUCUGCAAUGGGCAGCCAGAUGCUUCUGGGAAGGCCACAAGUGAAAUGCGAGGGCAUGAUCCCAUCCCACUCUCCUACUCUUGUUUCCCAGCAAUUGGCAUUCAAAGCAUUUUCCUCUGAUCCUAUUAAGCCUGGUGAACCUGGGGAUGAAAUUUUUGCAGAUGCUGUUUGUCAUAUAGGAUGAAGAAAGCGGUAUUAAAGAUACAGUAUCCCGCCCGUUCUCCCUUGUAUCUGAUCAUUGCAGAGAGAAGAGCAGAAAGAUGGCCUUGCAUCAUUUAAUAUAUUAGUGUAAGAGAGGGUACCAAGAGAGAAUAUAGUGCUUUUUUCAUGCAGUGCAAGUUAAACUGUGGAACUCGCAGGAGGCAGUGAUGGCCACCAGCUUGGAUGGCUUUGAAAGAUGAUUGUACAAAUUCAUGGAGGACCAGGCUAUGAAUGGCUACUCGCCAUGAUGGCUAUGCUCUGCCUCCACAAUCAGAGGCAGUAUGCUUCCGAAUACCAGUUGUUGGGGAGGGUGUGCUCAGAUCCUGCUUGUGGGUUUCCCACAGGCAUCAGGUUGGCCACCGUGAGAGUAGGAUGCUGGACUAGAUGGGCCACUGGCCUGAGAUAGGAUACUGGGAUAAAGGAAGCCCUGUUGGCCCUUUCUUUCUCUAGAUACGAAAACUAAGUUCACUAGUUCCUGGUGUGAUUUGAUAAAUGUCCACCUGUGAUUGAUGGCGGCUGAUGUGCUGACUUGGAGAUGGCGUAUGAGACAGAGUGUCUCCCAUUUACCCUCUUCUUUCUCUUUGUUAGUUCAAUGAUCAACUUAUCAGCCCAAAGCAUUUUGUUCAUCUGGCUGGCAAAUCUACGCUGAAGGACUGGAAGAGAGCCAUUCGCCUGGGAGGAAUCAUGCUGAGGUAAUGGCCUUCUGCCACUGUAGCAGCCUUCCACCAAAAGCAUAAUUUUCUGUGCAGUAUUCCUCCCGCCCCCAUUUAAGUUCCCAUCUUUCAUUUGUUGGUUAAAAGUGGUGCUGUGGGUUUGCAUGGUGCACUUUGAGAUAACGAAUGUUUAAGAUAGGAUUGAAUCCUUUUGGCAAUUCCAUGUUCCCUCAAAGUACGUCUGAAGAGUGUCCUAGGGCAGAAAUAUGAACAAUAAAAACUGAGGGAGUGGCCGAUAAUUAGCACUUAUUUUCACAGCAUGGGCUGUGUUUGGACAUGCAGUCCCUAUCAAUGUCAAAUGAACAUUUCCUCUGACCAUGAUACCCUGGACUUGAUGUCUACUGAGAUUCCAACUACCUUGGCCUCAGUAAUGAAGCAAAGAGCAAUCGCUCCAUGGCAGUUCCCACACACUAGAUUAAAUCUGGGGUUGAUAACAAUGUCUGGAUCAGGAUAUCAAGGGUACUGUUGCUGCCAAGCCCUUCCUACCAACAGCUGACUUGACGGCAGUGUCCCCUGCCACAAAAGGGGGGUGUUCAUGGAGUUGCCAUUCUUUCUCACCAAUGCCAGUGGUAAUUCUGGGUUGGCUCGCUUUGGUGAUGAGUCAGAAAGCAGCUGAGUCCCAGAAACAGUCCUUCCUGGACUAAAUGUGCGUGUGGAGCGGAUAACCAUAUAAGAGCUUUACCUUUACCUUUUUAUUAGAGCUUUUGCUAUGGGGUUGUCCCCACAAAAUCUGAAUUCUUCAACUUUUAUAAAUCACAGUUAUAUACCCUGAAAGGUGGGGUAAAUAUCUAUUUGAGAAAUAAAUACAUAAAUCUUGCAAAUUUGUGAUUUGUUUAGUCUGUUUCUUGCAGCUAUAAAAGAGGGCAAAGAGCUACGACAGCACAGAAAGGCCUGCUCAGCUUCCCAAUUGGCUUCUGAGAUUUUGCCCGAUGUUGCCCAUAAACUUUUCUAACCUUUCUUUGCUAAUUAAUUAAUUGCAUGUAUAUACCACCUUUCCUUCAAGGACUGCAAGGUACUGUACUUGCUUCUCCACCUCCUUUUAUCUGUACCACAACUACAACAACCCUGUGACAUAGGUUAAAUCGAGACAGUGACUAGCCCAGGGUCACCCAUGACAGAGUGGGGAUUUGAGCCCUGGUCUCUCAGGUCCUAUUCCGACACUCUAACCAAUACACCACAUUGGCGAAAAUUACACCGGGUAAAAUUUACAAGAAAGAAGCAUGCUGAGCAAUGAAUCCAAUACCAAGUUCUGGCAUUGUUCUGUGUGGUUGCAAAAGUGCCUCUAAAAAUGCCUCAUGCCAAAAAUGCUUCAUCUUUUUGCCUUGAGGACUUCAGGCAAGAAUCCAAACAGAAGGUUCAUUUCCCACGAUCUCUUCUUUUUUUCCAUUCUCUUUGCAGAAAGAUGAUGGAUUCUGGGCAAAUUGACUUCUACCAGCAUGACAAGGUUUGCACAAACACCUGUCGCAGCACCAAGUUUGACCUCCUGAUCAGCAGUGCCAGGGCACCGGUGCCAGGGCAGCAAAGCCUGGUACAGACUCCCACCUCCGCUGACGGUAGGGAACAGGUGAACAGGAGUAGAAUUCAUUCCUGCCAUGUGGCACUGCUGUCUACCAUUUCCCGUCAUCCUGUCUUCUCUUAAUGAGCUAACGUUAAAACAGUUUUCUUCCUAUUCCCUUUCCCCAUGAGAUUUACUUUGUCGGGAAGGGAACGCAGUAACAGAACAGUAACGUGGGAAUGGGGCAAAAGCAGUAGACCUUCUGAAUUUCUUAUCCUUGGGGAAAUCAUAAUGAUUUAUAUUUUGAGGACCUACCCCCCGCCUCCUCUACCCACUGCUGGAUCUCUCUGUUUUUAAUGAAUUCUGAACUGUUUUUCUCUUAUCUUUGAGAAACACUUGACAAAUGAAUGGGGAUUUCCAUGGUUCCAGGAAACAUUUUUUAAGUGUAUAGACAACUGGCAACCUUCUUCUCAGUGUGCUGAAUCCUCCCCCUUAAUUUUGGUUCUUAAAAAUGUGCAGAAUGGUGUAUUUUACAGCUAAUCCAUUCAGGCUUUCUUCUGGCAGAUUAAUACUCUCUGGAGCCUUACCACUGUUGAUGCUACAGGUGGCAACAAUUGUAGCUUCAAAAAGAAAGGAAGAAAAAAGGGGUUGUUGUUUUUUUAGAGUGCCACAUACAGUACAUGGCAUGAGUUCCUUUGUAAUACAGAUUCUAAGAAAGGGUUUUUUUCCAUUUAAUUUGCAUUCCUUAUUUCAUACGAACAAGAUUAUGAUAUUUCGCCAACCUUUUACUCAACUUUUAGUCAUGUUAGUGAGAGAAACUUUUCCAUUUCCUCUUUUUUCCUUUUUUUUUUUUUUGCUGCAGUUAGAAGAUUAGCUUCAAAGUCUUUAUCUGUGGGUGGAACUGAAGCUUUUAAAAAAUGCAUUAAAUCAAUCUGAUCCUGAUUCAAUCCGCAGCUGGUACAUUUUAUGCACAGUACCUGGGUUUAUUCAUUUUGCAUCAAAAAAUUUUUUUUAAAAAAUGUUUUCACCAACGUAGCCCAAAUGCUGUGCCAGUACAAGCUAAUUUUUUAAAAUAAAUCAUGCAAAUUUGCUUGUAAUUCCAUAUAUUUGCUUAAUUUACUUUGCUUCUCCUAGUUGUAAAAAGGAGCAAAUUGCCAAGCAGAGCAGUGAAGCCCUACCCCUGACCACUGGACAUCCUGUUUGGAUUACCUGCUGGCUUCUGAAAUGUCACCGAAUGUUGCCCACACACUUACAAGUGCAUCGAUAUGGACUAGAAUCUUGCAAGAAAGAAAGAAAGAAAGAUUAGAUUCUCAGCAUGCAGAACAAUUUGCCCGAUACUAAAUCAUGCCAUUCUGUUGUGCAGUUGCAAAAUGGCACAUUACUCAUGCCCCUGAGUGUAUACCAAAAAUGUGAAUUGUCUUUCACUUCCACCAAAUGUGUAAAAUAAAAUAAGAAUAAGAAUAAUCAGCUGUCCUGUGAUUACAUUUCAAAUAUUUAGCUUGUUUUGCCUAUGUGGAGUCAAAUACCUUGGUUCCUUUUGAAAUGUAUUUAUUUCAUUUUGACUUGUAGCUCAUCUCAUCUCAAAGGCUUGGGAUGGGUAAGAAACAGUAUGUUAAUCAUAAAGCCCCAAUUGCCAACCUUUAAACCAAUUGCCAAUCUCUCAAAUCCAAACAUUACCAUAAAACUGUGCGCAAGCCACUUAAUAUAAGCCUGUAGGCAUUAUACACACACACACAAAUAUUUGACUAUUUUUCUUAUCAUAAUCCUCCAUUGCUUGAUGAGCACAUAAAAGUUAUUUGUGCAUUUACUGAAUUUGUGUACCAUCCUUCAUCUGUGGACAGUUCACAACGUAAAAAUACAAGAUAAAAACAAAAUACAUAAUAAAAACAAGAACAAAACCAAAACAAACCCAUAACUUCCCACUCCAGCUGUACCUGAGAAUCUACUAUUUGUUGAAAUUCCCUCUGUUCCCAUAGAUUUACUUUUUCCUUUACACUUUUUGUUAAUUCAGUGCCUUGCUCGUUGAUGGCGGUGCAACUGAGAUCUUGGUCCUAUUGCAUUUUGGGACGUUAGAGCACAUCACGGUCCCUUUCCUCCAUGAAUGGUUGACCAUGGCCUGGGCCAAGUGAGCCUUGCCUUCUGUCAUCUUUGUCUCAUCUCAAGGCCAGAGAAAGAUGGUGCCUUCUUCCAGUUGGAAAAGGGAAACACAUGUAAAAUCACACAUGCAUAGGUCACCUCCCGGACUGUAUGUGAAAUAUUGGCUUGUUCAACUCAGGCCUGUACAUGACAGACUCUACGCAUGUAGGUCACGUGAAAAAAUUAUGCCCAUGCGUAAGAACAUCCAAAGAGCCCUCAGGCGGGGAGGUGUGCUCACUGAGCAUGGGAAUAUGAUCUGGCUUCCCUCAUUACACUGUUGCUUCUGGAUAAAUUUGUUUUCCCCCCUUAACCAGCCCAUUAUGGCUUCCACAUGGAAUCUCCCCUCCAAUUGUUUACCCAGAGUGGACAUAGUUUAAAAGACAAUUACACCCGGUCAGUAUCUGCAUGGCUGAUGCUUGGAAUAUACAACAUGGGUUUUGUGGUUUUGUCAGCUGCUGUCGUUAUUGAUCUUUAAACUGGCCCUUGGUUUUUUUACUUUGCUUAGUUCAAUCCAUGUAUUACGAAUCAGGGUGGCUGUGUGUGUGUGUGUGUGUGUGUGUGUGUGUGUGUAGGGGGAAGCUACAGUGGCAGCCUGGGCAGUGAAGCAUCUUCAAUUGUAUCCUCCCUUCUGCAGGAAGCAUCACUCAAAUUACAGUGUCUGAGGAGAGUGUGGAGGAAGGGAUUGAAUGGAACCGUGCUCUGACAGCAGCAGUCACCAUGGCAACUGAGGAGGGAAUCAAGAAGGACCCAGAGGAGAUUUCAGGUAUGUCUCUGCUGUUUGCCUGAAUGGCUUAGCAGCCCACCUACCUGGCUCCCCCUCCCCAUCUUCAGGCAGCAAAAUGCUGCAAAGAGCUAUGUUUGUAAUUUUAUUUAUUUAAAACAUAUCUCACCUUUUCUCCAGAGAAAUCAAGGUGACUAACAACAAAUUUUAUAAAACCGUAAAUUAUCAAAUUCAAAACCUCUUUUUUUACAACUGAACACUAAAACACAAAGUUGAUAUUAGUGAUUUUUUUUUUUUGCAAGGGGGGCAGGACAUUUCACCCAUGUUUUAAAAAUCGAAUUUAUGUGUAAAACUCCACACUUCACUUCAAAACCCAUGGGGCUCCCCCCCCCCAUAUUCAACAUUUGAAUUUCCAAAAUUCUGAUUUGAAUAUUGAGUUGUUAAGUGAGUUUUUCACAGGUGGGGUCUGAUGGAUAGGAUGGUGAGCUGUGUAAGAUCAUUUUAUGGUAAACAUGGAGAGGGGUUUUUUUUGGAAGGGAGGAAGUGGGGUUAGCAGAGAGCUGACCUGAAGAUCAUUCUCAUGGCCGUAGAUCAGGGAUGGAGAACCCACGGCCCUCCAGAUGGUCCUGGAUUCCAGCCCCAGCCAAUGUGGCCAGUGGCCAAGCAUGAUGGGAAUUGUAGUCCAGGAACAUCUGGAAGGCCAAAGAUUCCCCAACCCUGUUGUAGAUGGUGACGUAUCAAUUGGACACUAUUUCAAUUAUUGGCUGGUUCAUACAGACAUGCACAUUGCUCAGCAGUGCCUCCUUGCUUGAUGGCUUGUACCUAAAUGUGUGAACUGCCUGAAGUACUGAGUUUGAAAAAUCUGGCCCCCUCCCCUUUCGGAAACUGAGGCGCCAUAUGCUAAUUGGUGCUAAAAUUUGGAAAGCUCUGCUUUCGAUCUUGGUGACUGUUUAAUUGUGCAAAUCAUCAAUUGUUUUUUCAGUCCUCACUGGCUGCUCCUCCUAACAGCUAGUAUUCAGUGGCAUACUGGCUUUGCAACUAGAGGCGCCAUUGACAGUCUUAUCCUCCAUGAAUUUCUUUAAUCCAGGCUGGAGGGCCAAAACAACAGGCUGCCGAAGGCUGAUCUAAUCCUUCCAAGUCCAGCACAGUCCAUGUGUAAAUGCCCUGUGAUUUGGUAUUUCUAAGAAUAUCCAACGCCUCCACCACAAGGAUGGCUUCAGUUGUCUUAUUUAGAACAUACUGUUCAAGCAACAAAAAGAACCCAGAUUUGCAUAUAUUGCUUUACUUGAAAUAUAUGCUGCUUUUCAACCUGACAGUGUGUCCAAGAUGGGUGAGAAUGAAAGAAAACGGACACACAGCAAGAUGAACAGAUUUUGGGAGGCUGGUGAAGACACGUGGGAGGAAUGCAGAUAUAAAAUGCCCACUUCCAAGUGCUCAGAUAUUAAUGGUGCUGCUUUAGCUGCUACAAUUGCUGUUCUUUAAAGGCUUUGCAAUGAUUUGGGGGCAGGGUGUGAUGGGAUGUAAAACAAACUUCUAGAAGUCAUGAAAUGUAGCUUUUAUAGCAAUAUGGAAUUCCCUAGUACUGCUCUCUAUAUUCAGAGUUGAAUUUGAUUAUUAUUUUUUGCAAGGUAAGUGCCCUGAUGGCUAGUUUUACAGCACAGUUCUAUGCAAGCCUAUUCAUGACUAAGCCCCAUUAAAUUUAGCAGCACGUGCUUCCAUGGAAAUGUGUGCAGCUUUGCAGCCUUAGAAGCCAGUUUCCAGAGAUGCCUCCUGCUAUACAGUGUUUUGCUGGUCUUGGCAUGAUUGCCAGUAUAGCUUUGCAGUCUAAUUGCCAACUGAUCCUUCCUUCCAAAUCUUUCUCUUCCCUUGUGCCAGAGGACACACUGAUGUUCUGGAAAGGAAUCGCUGAUGUGGGGUUAAUGGAAGAAGUUGUCUGCAACAUUCAGAAGGAGAUAGAAGAGGUGCUGAGAGGUGUUCAGCAGAGGCUUGGCCAGUCACCCUUCCAGGUUACCGGUGGGUAGGAGGUCAGCAGUCUCCAUGUCAAUAUGAAAUGACUACCAGUAGGAUAGACUUUCAUGCUCUUUUUAUCUUUGUGACGUGUAGCUGUGCACUGUAUUUAAUAAGUCAUUUUAUAAUCCUCCCUUCAGUAACAGGACUCCCAGGGCAGUGUAUGGUUUGAAACUUAUGAAUUUUCUAAAAUAAAUAAAAGUAGCCCCCCAAAUGAGUUUUAUUCACUCACAGUACAUUCAUUCUAGUCACACCCAUUCAUUUCAGUAGGUCUGUUCUGAGUAUGAUUAACAUUCCGUACAACCCUUGAAAAUUGCAGAAGCCACAGCAAAACUCACUAAAAUCCAGAAUGGCUGUAAAACAAUACUAAUGUUGCGAUCCCAUAAACCCCCCUAGUGGGGAACUGAAUGGGGCUUAGUUCUCGGCAGACAUGCAUAGUACUGUGUUGUUACCAGCCAUAAAACAUAUUGGAAUGGCCAAGCAAAUAAAAGUAAAUAUAGUCUUCACCUUAUGCCCAAAACACAUCAACAUCAAUGCCAAGCGAGCUUGUCUGGGAAGUGCCAUGACCAGGUAUUGACUACUUGGGGUGCGGAAAAUAAUUACUUUAGAAUAUUUAUAUUCUUCUUUUCAACAAAAAAAGUUAUCUCAAGUGGUUUCCAUAGUAAAACAGGGUAACAAGCAAACACAUUCUGUUUCCUAAAUCAUUUUCCCCCUAUAGCUACUAGAAUACUCUAUGCAGUUCAUAAGAGUCUUGUAGGCGGAAUCGGGAAGGUGGGCAUAAGCAGCUCUUGGCUUUCAGACCUCUUGGUGAAGGCCAUUGGAGGUUUGGGGGUCAGUGAUGUAAAAGUCCUCUCUCUGUCCUUCUAGUUGCUGUGGUUGCCUUUUCAGGGCUACAUUAGCCAUAAGAGAAAAGUCUCCAGUACAAUACAGUAAUCAGUUGGCUUGAUGGAUUAUUGUGUUUUAUCCUACUGUUCCAUAAGGGAGCUCAGGGUGGCAUACAUGUUUCUCCUGCUUCUGUUUUAUCCUUGCAAAGAGCUAGGUUAGACACACACAGAAAGAGAACGCGCAUGCUAAAUGUAACUGAUUUCUUUGUCGCUAACACACAGUAUGCGAACCAGCAUGCAUAAAAAUGUAACAUGGGGAUUUGCUUUGAGAUGCCUGGGUUUUGUUUUGUUUAUUAUUAUUUUAAUUAAAACGAUUUCUUUCCCCAGUGAAACUUCCACAGCAGUUUACAUAAUAGCAAUAAAGUCAAUUCAACCAGUCCCUGCCCAUGGGUAUACAUAACACAAAAGGAAAAAGAGAUGAGGAGGGAAGAGAAAACAAGCUCUAAUUCAAUAAUAGUUCUUACAAUGACCAAAUGAAACAGAACAGGAGCUUUUCUGUGCCAACUGAUCAUUAUAAGGGUACUGUGCAGGAUUUUCUUUUAUAGGUUGCAGUUCUAAACCAAGGAACACAGUGGGAGCUACUUCUGAGUAAACCUAUACAGUGGUACCUUGGUUCUCAAACUCAAUCCGCUCUGGAAGUCUGUUUGACUUCAAAAAGGUUUGGCUGAUUGAUUGGCCCUGGAAACAAUGCCGACAGCCAAAACAGACUCAGCUUCUGAAAAACGUUCGCAAACCAGAACACUUACUUCUGGGUUUAUGGCGUUUGAGAGCCGAAUUUUUUGUCAACUAAGCCAUUCGGGAACCAAGGUUCCACUGUUAUCAGAUUGUGCUGUAAAUGGGCCAGAUGUGGAUGGGAUGCAUGGAUGGUUGAAAUAGCUCUGGCUUGCAUUUGCAUAAGGAUGCCACUGACUUGCAGUCAAACAACAGUGGGAUAUACGAUUGCCCUCGUAUCCCUUUUGUGGGCUUCCCAUAGUCAUCUGGCUGGCCACUGUGGAAAACAAAUUGCUAGAGUAGAUAGGCCUUUAGUUGAUUCAGCAGGACUCUUCUGACGCUCUUGAGGAGACUUCUGGCCUAAUCCUCAAAGGCCUAGUUUCUGCUUUUAAUCAAACAUCCAAGGAUCUCACUGCCAAUGUUAAAUGCCAGCAGAGAUGCUUCGACAUCCCAAAACAACAGUUAUCCAUGUGCGGUUCUUGAGAGAGGAACUGUCAAGAGGAACAUUUCAUGGCUUUUGAUUUUGAUUUACUUCUGACCCAUUGCACUGUAUUAAUUUAUUAAUAUUCAAAAUGAAGAUGAUGUAAACUACCCAUACAUAAGAUGAUGUAAACUACUUCAUUCAAGAUCACUUGUGUUAGCUGCAUUAGGUAAUGCAGUACUGGCGAAGAGGUUCAAGCUCUUUGUGAUGAGGUGCUCUCUCUCUUUCUGUCUGGAUGUUGGAUUCCGUUUAGAAAACUAGACAAUAACCCAUGGAAGUUUUUCUGUAGAUGCUGCUGUCCUAAAUAAUGUUGCUCACACUUUUGGCCUGAUGGACACUGUCAAGAGAGUGCUGGACAACAGGAAGAGUCAAACGGAGCAGGGAGAAGAACAGGUUCUUUAUACUCUGGCAGGUAUGUUAAUGACUGGGAGCACAUUUCUUGGGAUGUUCUAAAUCUAUCAUCUCACUGUGCAAUAAAUGUGCUUUUGUUGUUCAUUUCGCCUCACAGCCUAGUCAACCUUUCUCAAGACUGCCCUUCUUCUGCUAAAGUAUUCGGAUUCCCGGAUUCCGUUGCUGCCGCCAAUGUUCUCCAAUGCCUGUAUCAUUUUGUAAACUUGGUUUUUUUCCUUUUCAAAUAUUCUGUGAGGACAGUGUGCUUCCCUGCUAUACAAUUUUGGCCCAGGAGUGCUAUUUUUAGCCUUGUCAUUUUUAAAAAACAACAACAACUUGCAUUUGCAAGACAGCCCUCUCCUUUCUUCUUGAAGCAAUGCCCCAGUAGUCGUUGUAGUGGUAGAAGUAGCCCCCGCUACAGUAAGGUAUGGAGCAAGGCUGUAGCCUUUUACAGGAAGAGCCGUAUCUUAGUGGUAGAACACAUGCUCUGCAUGCAAAAAAAAUGUCCAAGUUCAAUCUUUGGCAGCUUCGGUAAAUGCUCAGGUAGCAGGUGUUGGGAAAGUCACAAUGGACAAUACUGAGUCAAAUGAACCAACUUUGUAUAGGGCAGUUCCGUAGGUCCAGAAGUACCCAGGAUUUAGGCUUCCUACAGUAGGAGGUCCUGGCAGUGAAUUGGCUCAAAAUAGUCAACAUCUAUUGCCAUUCUGAGUCACUGCCUUUCUUACUAUAUUUCCAACAAUCAUUUUUUAAAAAAUGCAAAUAGCAGUCAUGGGAGAUGCUGAGCAGGGUCUGGAUUGUGGGGAGUUUUUAAACAUUUUCCCUUUUAUGGUUACUAUCUAUCAUCUAUCUAUCUUACCUGCUCUUUGCAUUUGGAAGAAAGUUCCCUUUGAUGCCAAUGGUGGCUUCCCUUGCUAUUUAAAUAGAAGUUAGAGGACUUUUGUUGUUACUGUGACUCCCUUUCCUUGGUCCCUAAAGUCCUGACACAGUAACACCCACGCACAGAGAGGAUAAUAUGGGUAGGGUGUUUCCAGCUAUCCCACCCCUUGCCUUCAGAAGUUUACAAGCCUGUUCUAGGAGAGAGAUUGUGAGCAACAUCAUAGGAGGAGCUUUUCUCAGACCAAGCUCACUUAUUAUUUUGGCUUUUGGAUGUUAUUAAUAUACUUUUGCUAUAUUUACAAUGCUAAAAUGUUGGUGGUGGUUGUAUGUUGUUAUAUUUGAUUGUCUUGUUGUUGUAUCAUGUUAUUAAAAUAUUGUUCCUGUAUGGUUUGAUUUUGAAAUGCAUUCCUGUUUUCUUUGUCAUGAGCUAAUUUGGGCAUGGUUUCUUUCCUUCUUCUUCUUUUUUUUUUUGUAGAAAAGCAACAUACACAAUUGCAAACAAAAGAGUACUGGCAUUCUUAAAAUGUGCAUUUUAAUUGCAUUCAUACCUAGAUUUUCCAUAAGUUAAAGCACCGUUUUUCUACCUAAUACCAAUGAUUAUGUUUUGGCAUGUGUGCAUAUGUGUGUUCCACUUCCUUUGAUAACUAUUGUGUACAGUGACUUUUUAAAUUUAAGAUUAUUGGUAGGGUUAGUAUUAGCUGUGUAUGGAUUUCCAUUUCUUGCCAGAAGGUAUGAAUUGCAUACCAAUGCUCUGGAUUUCUGUACACAAGUAUGAUAGCCUCUUCCCACAGUUUUCUAAUGUUUGAGGACACUUUUGAUGGUUUAAAUACAUGUUGUAGGCUUGAAUAUUUAACACAUGAUGCAUCUUUCAUUCGAAUAGCUUGUUGCCUGCCCUCCAUAGCUUUGCUCUUGGGAGGUUAGUAUUUAGGGAGGGAGAUUCUUGGCUGUCAUUUCCCCCCUUCCACCCCCUUCCCAUUUUUGUUCCCUGAAAGAAUUGGAUUUGUCUGCAGAGACAAUCUGUUCCGCCCACCUUUCCAUCCUUUUGAUGGGGAGCAGCAGAAGUGGCUGAAAACUCUUUCCCUGCCAAGAAGCUGCUUUGCUACUCUUGCGAAAAUAAUCUGUUUUUCUCACUCCCCCCCUCCCUUUUGGCGCUUUGAGGAGCCCCUGUAUUCUUGGCAGCUUCUCAAAGGUUUCUCCCGCUUGACUGUGUAACUUAAUUUUUCCUUGCAGACCUGGACCGCCAGCUGGAGGAGCAGAAGAAGUUUGCCAGGGAUCAGAAGCUAAAGUCCCAGACUGUUCAGAACGUGGUCCUCAUGCCUGUCAGCACUCCCAAGCCGCCUAAGAGGCCCCGGCUGCAGCGUCCAGCCUCGGCCACCGUCCUGAGCCCUUCCGCCCCCAUCCAGCAGCCUCAGUUCACAGUGAUUUCGCCCAUCACCAUUGCACCCAUGGGGCAGCAGUUCUCUGUGAGCAACAUUCCAAUGGCAACCAUCAGCCAGGGCUCCAGCCCAGUGACUGUCCAUACUUUGCCGCCAGGCUCACAGUUGUUCCGCUACGCCACAAUGGUCUCUUCCUCCAAGACCAGCUCCUCCGACACGGUGACCCUUCACCCGUCUUCCAGCUUGGCCCUGCUGAGUUCAGCUGCCAUGCAGGACAGCAGCACCCUUGCCAAUGUGGCCACCGUGGUGAAUCCUGUGGAACUGGUGGCCAUGGAGUCUGGCCUGACCUCUACCCUCCAGGCUGUCGAGGGCACUUCAGACGAGGGACAGACCAUCAUAGAAAUAGACCCAGCACCUGAUCCGGAAGCUGAGUCAGAGGAAUCCGGGGCUAAAGCUGUGAUUCUGGGAACAGAACUGAGGACUGAGGAGAAGGUGGUGGCUGAGGUGGAUGAGCACCAGCAUCAGGUCCACAACGUAGAGAUUGUGGUCUUGGAGGACUAGCCAAGAAGCCAGAUUGUAAUGUUGCUUUGGGGUUCAUCAAUUGAUUGUUUAUUUGUUUUGCCUCCCUUUUUUCUUUUUCUUUUUUACAGCCUUUCAGGUAAGUUCCCAUAGGAUAUUAAAGGAUAACAAAGAUUUUCACAUGGGAGAGAGCAGCGUCCAUUUUUACUGAAGGGGGAAGGGAAAGGAAACUUAUUAUCCUGCCUAAUCCUAAGCACUCCCACAGAAGGGAAACAAGCCCCUGCUGUUACCGAGAUCGCACAGCAUGUGAUUACAGCCCAUAGACCCAGUUUUGAAAAAGACACUUUGUCUACACCUUGUUUACACCUCAAUUGUUUUGUCUUAGAAAUUAAUGAAGCCGGGUACCCGAAAUGCAUCUGACUAGUGGAUGAGAGUGAUUGUGGGGAAAUGGGAUCCUUACUUAUUCCUCAGCUCUCGACCACCGUAAGAAAUGACAUUCUGUGUUACCUUAUUUUGAUUUUUGCAGAGAGGGGGAGAAAAAGAAAUUGCAACCCCCCACCGCAUCCCGAUUUGAGAGACCACAGUCCCCUUCACUCAGAUGCUGAUGUUUUUUGUUUUUUGUUUAAUUGUCUUCUGCAGCAGCUCACACCCUUGAACUGUUUUUGUGGCUCCUAGAACUGGAUUCUCAGCUCUCCCUUUUCAAACCUUCCCUGGUGGUUUUUAUUUUCAAUAGGUGCAGUUACGAGACUUUCAAGAAUUGCUUAAACCUUGCACGCACACGCACACAUACACACAAAUCAGACAUAGCUCCCAAGCACCACCUGCCCUUUUGAGUAUUGGAUUGUCGUCCUGGAUGUAUCAAAUGUGGGUUGUGCUGUUGCUGUGGGCUCAGCAGGCCAAGUAUACCUGCUGCCUACUCUGCAUGCUGGGAACCAUACCAAGCUUACUAGAUAAAUAUAUAUAUAUAUAUACGUGUGUGUGUGUGUGUGUGUGUGUGUGUGUGUGUGUGUGUAUGCAUGUUUGGUGUUCCUAACACUUUGAGAAAUAGGUCAACAGAAUUCUAGCCUGGCACAUCACUUCAGCAAUGUGACUGCCUGGUCUCUCUCUCUCUCUCUCUCUCCCUCCCUCCCUCUCUCUUGUUUCCUUAAGGAAAGGGGAAGGAGUGAAAAGGGAUUUUUUUUCUCCUUCCCACUUGGUUCAUUUCUCAAAAAUUGGAAAAGUGAGAAGACUUUGGGGGAAUCUGUUCGACAGAAAUUUCUAAAGCCGGCAGUAAGAAUACAAUACUUUGGGGCAUGGGUGGAGUGCCAUUUGUUUUUUUGUUUGUUCAUUUUUUGCAUUAAAAAUUAAAACAGAAAACAAA